AUGAUCAAUCAAGAAAUUCCACAUUACUCCAACUGGAUCGACGGAGCGUACUCUCCCCCGUCGUCAUCGACUCUACCAGUAAUCAAUCCAGCAACCGAAGCCACCAUAGGCACUGUCGACGCUACAAGUCACGAUGAAGUGCAAGAAAUAGUCACAAAGUCAUGGAAGAAUUUCAAUCAAGGUGCAUGGUCCACGGCCGAAGCUUCUGAGCGAUUCGCCGUCUUAUCCAAAGCAGCGACGUUGUUACGUGCCCGCAUCCCAGAGUUCGUUCAACUCGAAGUCCAACAGACUGGUCGCCCAAUUCGCGAAAUGCGUGCCCAAUUAGCACGUAUCCCCGAAUGGCUGGAAUAUUUUGCCAGUCUAGCACGCGUUCAAGAGGGUGCUGUAACACCGUUCAAGGGCCCUGUUGUAAACACCUUGAUCCGCCUACCAUUAGGUGUUGUCGCUCAAAUCACGCCCUGGAAUCAUCCAUUAUUGAUAAGCAUCAAGAAGAUAGGCGCAGCACUUGCGGCUGGGAACGUGGUUAUUGUGAAACCUUCAGAACUUGCGCCGAUAUCAAUCCUGCAGUUGGGACCUCUGUUCAAAGAAGCUGGGUUACCGGAUGGAACGUUGCAAAUCAUCUCGGGUUAUGGUCGAGAGACAGGGAAAUAUCUAUGCGAGGCACCGAAUUUAUCCAAAAUCGAUCUUACAGGAGGUGUGGCUACAUAUCAGGCUAUCGCGUCGUCUGCAUCUUUGAAUAUGAUCCCCAUAACGGCUGAAUUAGGUGGUAAAGCACCAGUCUGCAUCUUUGAAUCAAUGAACGUCGAACAUGCUGUGAAAGCAGCGUUAUUCGCUAGUUUCAUUGCAAGUGGGCAAACCUGCGUGACUGGUAGCCGCUUACUCGUUCACACAGAUAUCUACGAUUCCUUCGUAGAAAUGUUGGGGAAGAGGACAAAAGCAUUACGUCUAGGCGACCCAACUGACCCCCGAACACAAAUCGGCGCAGUCAUCAACAAAGCUGCCGUCGAAAGAUGCGCGGCAUUCGUUUCGCGAGCAACAACUCAAGAAGGAGAAAACGGUAAACUUCUCUGCGGCGGAAAACCGGCGACACAUGCGGGCAAGGGGUAUUUCUUUGAACCGACACUGAUUGAAACAAACGCAGAAUCGUACCUGGCUUGUAACGAGGUCUUUGGCCCUGUUAUUGCUAUUUUGCGCUGCAAGUCGGAAGAUGAGAUUGUGGAUAUUGCUAAUGGUACCAAUUAUGCGCUGGGGGCUUCUAUCUGGACACAGGAUUUCACGCAGGCCCAUCGUGUUGCGGGUAAGAUUGAGGCGGGGAUUGUGUGGGUUAAUGGGCAUCAUCUUAAUGAUCCUUCAUCUCCAUGGGGCGGUUUCAAGGAUAGUGGUUUGGGUAAGGAGAACGGACGCGAAGCUUAUGAGAGUUAUACAAAGGUCAAGAGCAUUGUGUACAACUAUGGAGUUAUGCCGACGUGGUUUGAUGAUGAGGAUGUGCUGGGCAAUGCUCGGAUAUGUAUCGAGCAUAUGGUCCUACGGACGACCUCGGGAAGCGGCUGUAACCUGGAAUAA